GCCCCGCCGCCGCUCGCAGCUCAGCCCCGGCAGGCGCGGGGGCAGCGGGCGGGGUCCCCCCGGUCCCCCCGGCCCUCGGCCGGCUGGCAGGAGGAGGAUGAGGAGCGCCGGGAAGGGCUGAGGGUGGCGGAGAGGCACCUAGCAGAGGGGGGACAUGGCCCCGCUGCUGGCGCUGCUGCUGGCGGCCCUGCUGGGCUCGGGCCGGGCGUGCCCGGAGCCCUGCGCUUGCGUGGACAAGUACGCGCACCAGUUCGCCGACUGCGCCUACAAGGAGCUGCAGGCCGUGCCCGCGGGGCUGCCCUCCAACGUGACCACCCUGAGCCUGUCGGCCAACAAGAUCAGCUCGCUGCCCCGCGGCGCCUUCGCCGAGGUGACCCAGGUGAGCUCGCUGUGGCUGGCGCACAACGAGAUCGCCACCAUCGAGCCCGGCGCGCUGGCCGUGCUGGCGCAGCUCAAGAACCUGGACAUCAGCCACAACCAGAUCGUGGAGUUCCCCUGGCGGGACCUGCGCAACCUGAGCGCGCUGCAGCUGCUCAAGAUGAACAACAACCGCAUGGCGCUGGUGCCGCCCGACGCCUUCCGCACGCUCAAGGACCUGCGCUCGCUGCGCAUCAACAACAACCGCUUCGCCACGCUGGCCGAGGGCAUCUUCGACUCGCUGAGCUCGCUGUCGCACCUGCAGAUCUACAACAACCCCUUCGAGUGCUCCUGCUCGCUGCAGUGGCUGAAGCGCUGGAUGGAGAGCACGCUCAUCUCCAUCCCCGAGAAGGACUCCAUCGCCUGCGCGCUGCCCGAGCGCCUGCGCGGCGUGCCGCUGGCCAAGCUGCCCGAGCUGCGCUGCGCCGCGCCCGCCGUCAGCAUCACCCACUCGCCCGAGCUGGACGCGGCCGGGCUGCCCGACGGGCUCACGCUGAGCCUGCACUGCGCCGCCAGCGGCUCGCCGCCGCCCGAGCUGCGCUGGAAGAUCCGCACGGCCGGCCAGAGCCUGGAGCUGGGCGGGAGCGGCCCGGAGAGCGCGGCCAAGGAGGAGCCGCGGCCCGAGCCCGAGCGCUUCGUGGCGUUCAAGAACGGCACCUUGGUGAUCCCGCAGCUGAGCAAGCGCGAGGAGGGCACCUACACCUGCGUGGCCACCAACGAGGUGGGCAGCAACCACUCCUCGGUCAGCGUGGCGGUGGCGGGCCCGCAGAAAUACCCGCCGGUGCCCGGUGGGGACCCGCUGGGCGGAAAGGGGCAGGCGGGCGACAAGAAACCCGGCACCGAGGCGGCCAAGAACAGCGUGCUGACCCCGGAGGAGAGGGGCAAAGCGCUGGGCCCCACCCGGCAGAGCCGGCCCGGCUCGGCGGCGGCGCCGGAGCCUGAGGGCCGGGGCCGGGUCCCCUUGGAGCCGCCGGGGCUGGAGAAGAAGUGCGGGGCCUCGGCGGGGGGCUCCAAGUACAUCUCCAACCACGCCUUCAACCAGAGCGGCGACUUCAAGCGGCACAGCUUCGAGCUGGGCGUCAUCGCCCUGGACGUGGCCGAGCGCGACGCCCGCGUGCAGCUGACGCCCACCCAGCCCGGCGGGGGCCACCUGGGCGUGCUCUACCUGUGCCAGCAGGGCCGCCAGGGCCACGCCCUGCUGCAGUGGUCGCAGAUCGAGGCCGGCGUGAACUCCUACUGGUUCCAGGGCCUGAGCCCCGGCACCAACUACUCGGUGUGCCUGAGCUCGCCGGGCGAGGAGUGCCGCGUGCAGGUGGUGUUCACCACCAAGAAGGAGAUCCCGUCGCUCAUCAUCAUCGUGGUGGUCAGCAUCUUCCUGCUGCUGCUGGCCACGCUGCCGCUGCUGGGCGCCACGUGGUGCCACCUGCUCGCCAAGCUGCAGGCCAAGCCCUACAAGCUGAUCAUGAAGGCGCAGAACCCCGACCAGAUGGAGAAGCGCAUGGCCGCCGACUUCGACCCCCGCGCCUCCUACCUGGAGUCCGAGAAGAACUUCGGUCCCGGCGAGGCUGAGGCCGAGGAGGAGGAGGAAGAGGAGGAGGAGGAGGCCGGGGAUGAAGAAGGAGCGCGGUGGCGGCGCGGGAGGGAGGAGGAAGGCGCGGCGGAGCUGGAGCGGGAGGAGAGCGUGGCCGCCAGCUCCAUGGCGGAGUCGCAGUCCAAGGGCGGCGCCGAGGAGUUCGAGGUGCGCUCCGAGUACAGCGACAAGCUGCCGCUGGGCGCCGAGGCCGUCACCAUCUCUCCGGAGAUCAACGGCAACUACCGGCAGCGGCCCCGCUGAGCCCCCCGAACCCCCUGCCCCCGCUCCCACACCCCGCUCCGCCCGGGGAAAAACCUCCGGGGACGAGCGGAGCCAUCCCCGCCUCUCCUUCCCCUCCUCCUCCUCCUCCCCCCCUUCUCCUUCUCGCCCGGUGCCCCCGGGAUGAGCCUCCCACGAUUUCGUUUCCAUUUCGGGCACCGGCGGUGCUCGCUGCCGCCUCGGCGGCAACAACGAUUCCCUCUCCCCCGCCUCCCUCCGCGGCCCGCCAGCCCCGGGUUCGCUUUCCCUUCCGAGGAAAAAAACGAAAAAAACCCCGAGAAAACGGCUAAAAACAAAAAGCCCGAUUGCCCCAAAUUCUCUUUGCUGGAAUCGGUUCAGUCCCCGCCGCUCCUCGGUGCCCGGUGAGUCCCCUCUGCUCCCCGGUUCUCUCCUGCCGAGCCCGGAGCUGUCCCCGCCGCUCCCCGGUGUGUCCCCGCCGCUCCCCGGUGUGUCCCCGCGGGUCCCCACCGCGCUCCGGCGCAUCCCGAUUUCCCCCGGCGGGUGCCGACAUUCCCGGUCCCCGCCGCUCCCGGGCGGUUUUCCCGCUUCCUGACGGAUCCCGGGGCUCCUCGGUCCCCGGCAGUGCCGGGCGCUGCUCCCCGCGCCCCGCUGGGUGCCGACAUUCCCGGUCCCCGCCGCUCCCGGGCGGUUCUCUCCAGCCUCCGAUGGAUAUUGGUGCUCCCCGGUCCCACCACUCCCGUUCCCGGUGGGUCCUGGUUCUCCCCGGUCCCCGCCCUCCCGUUCCCGGUGGGUCGCGGUUCUUCCCUGUCCCUGCCACUCCCGGGUGCUGAUCCCCGGUCCCACCACUCCCGUUCCCGGUGGGUCCCGGUUCUCCCUGGUCCUCGCCGCUCUCAUUCCCGGUGGGUCCCUCUUCUCUCCGGUCCUCGCCACUCCCGUUCCCGGUGGGUCCCGGUUCUCCCCGGUCCCGCCGCUCUCAUUCCCGGUGGGUCCCGCUCACCCCGUUCAGCACCGGGCUCACGGGGACAGCUCCGCACCCCGAGAGGCCGGGAGCUCCCCGAUCCCCAUCCCCGAUCCCCGGUGCCCAAUUCCCGGUUCCCGGUCCCGUCCCCUCCCCUCGGUGUGUUUUGGGUAGAGUAGCCUUGUAGCCAAGUGUGUGAGCCGCAGACGCGCCCGGAGCCCGCGGCCGAGCUCGCCGCGGUGGCCACGGCGGCCGCCA